AUGCAAUCGAAAAGAGCUAGUGAUGAGGACCAAACUUCAGGGAGAAAACGACUAAAAGUUUACCAAAAUAUACAACCCCAGAACAAUCUGGCUGAAGGGGAGUCAGACUUUGAGAACAAUACCGAUGAUGCUUUUAUAGAUGAUGAUAAUGAUGAUAAUGAUGAACUGGAAUCAAGGACAUUGAAUAUAGAUCAAUUUCGUAAAGAAAAUAUUGACACCAACUCCGAGAUAGAUGAUGCUAUUAGGGAAAGUGAUAGUGCCUUUACAUUAGAAUCCUUCGAUAUCAAGGAAGAUUUGAAAGAAGGCAAAUUUGAUGAAAGUGGCAAUUUUAUUAGAUCCAAAAGUAGAGGCAAUUCGGAUGACGAAGAAGAUGAGUUUUGGCUGCAAGAGAGUGUUACCAAAGGUGAUUAUAGCAAAAAUAAUAUACCCAUGUCAAAACUGGUCAGCGAUAGACCUAUGAUAACUGCAGUCGAGGCUCUGUAUCAGAUACUAUUCCUUAUGCCUGACCAGGAUAAAAACAUAAUAGAAACUCUUGCUCAACUGAAUAAGGACAAAAAGCGGUUCUCCAAAAUACAGAACAGUCAAUGUGUUGAGGCUGUAGUCAAUGCAAUUAAUAUUCUUACCGACUCCGUAGAAACCUUAGAGAGAAAGGAGUUUUCUAAUGUCUAUCAGAUGAAAAGACAAGAUUUAGUAAAUGCUAUCAAAGAAGAGCCCACUUCGAAGGAUGGUCCUUAUGAUCCCAUAAAAGAUAGAAUAUGGCAAUAUAAAUGGCUCGGAAAAGAUAAGGUUUAUGGAUUUUAUACAUGCUAUGAAAUGCAAUAUUGGAAAGAAAAUUAUUUUCAGAACAGGGUGCUAGUUCGAUUGAAUUCUUAUUCAGAAUCAGAUAAUUAUUGGGUCCAUAUCUCCAAUAGUAUAUUUGAUACUCUGUAA